GGAACUGGGCGGUAUUUCCGGCGCUCCGCGGGCGGCCAUGUUGGAGCGGAGAGCGCGGCGCAGCGGCGGGUGCGGGUCUGGCGGCGGCCGGUGCCUAAGGUUGUUAUUCCAGUAAUUUUGAAGCACCCAAUUGCCUAAUGCCAUGAAUAUUGCAGUGAAUAAUGUGGAAGAAAAAGCUGUCCAUUCCUGGUCGAGAAUUUACUCUGCAGGACAGAAAGUGCUGGAGGAAGCCCUCCGAGUCUUCAACCCCAUGUCCAAGGACCUUUCAGACACAGAAACCCAGCUGGUGGCCUUCAUUCAGGGCCUCAAGGAAGAGGGCUUCCAGCCCACAAUUCUGAGGAGCAAGGAUGUGUAUGGGUACAGCUCGUGCACAGCAGACACACCUAGCCAAGCAAAAGGGAGCACACCGCACAGCUGCGCUGCUGCCACCACCUCCACCCCCCCUAAGACUCCAGCUAGAAGCACUGUAGCCAUGGCAAGAGCGUCUGCUUCCCCCACCAGCAUUUCUGUGAACUCUUCUAAAGUUUCCUCUCCACCAGUCUCUAAAGGUGAUUCCACAAAUUUGCUGCUGAACUCCUUUAAGCAGACCAGGUCAGGCAAGUCCAAGGCCUCAGUUGUGGGCUUUCCUGCAAGCAUGUAUCCUGAUGUGUAUCCGGCAGUGAGGCUGUCUGUGGUUCUGGAAGCUCUGGUGCCACUGAAAACGCCCACAUCCUGUUUGGAUUCCAAGUACAGACGUGGGCCUCUUGGGGUCUCAUCCUCGGACCUUAAACUGCUUAAGGUUUCAAGCCAGACAAGGCAGUUUUCUUCAGGCAAGACCACUAAAAUAAGAGAAGGCAAGCGAUGUAAGCGUGUGGGAAAGAAAGCACCGCAUUCUGCCACCCUCGCUUUAAAUCUUCUGAAGGGACUAAAGGCUGGAGUGCUGCAGGAGAGCAAUGCUUGCAAAGCCUCAGGAGUCCUGAACGGAAGAAUCGCAGGCAGCUCCUCCCAAGGCUGCACCACAGCAGCACAGUCCAAGGCCUUGAAAAUCAAAGCUAAGGAAGCUCCGGUGGGGAAAAUGGAGUGGAAGGAUAGCAGCACUUACCAGGAGACUGUUGGGAAGAAGAGGAAAAGAGUUGCAGAGGUGAGAGAUGCACCACAGAGAAAAAAAUCAAAAUCCAUUCCGGUCCAAAAUAAGUCUCGACGAGCUCGGAGCACUUUGAACCUGCUGAAAUUUUGGGCCAUCAAGGUGGGCAACUCUUCUUCCGAUGAUGAAGUGAGAAGAAGAGCACAGAAGAUUCUUAGAGUCAAUCUGUCCCCUGUGAUCCGAAUUCAGCCCUUGUCUCACUCUCACAGCGUCCCCUGAGUUUCUUCACUUGGUCACUUUUUUGUAAGUAAAUAUGAUCCCGGCACCGGAGCGUGGUGAAGUUUAAGAGCAACUUUGGAUUUCUGGUGUCUGGUGACUAUACAUGGACUAACCUGCAGACGGAGCAGCUUGCUCUUGUGCUGCUUCUGGCUGUCCACCACCACCACCACUAUGCAGAACUGGCUGCACAAGUACAAAACCGUGUUUAGGAAUAUGGGAUGGUGCCUUUGGCCCACCGUGAGCCGAGCAGGUCGGAGCGCCCGCUUUCUCCGGUCUCUCUUCUAAAUGUGGCAGGCUGUGCUCUCACUGCAGGGUCAGAACACAUGACUUUCUCAUGACAUGAUGCACUGUGAUAUUGCUCUUUUUUCAAGCUGUACAUUUACUGGUUUUAUUUUGAUCAAAUUUUAUAACUUUAUUAUCUAUAUAUCCAUAUAUGUGCAUAUAGCCCAGGAACUGUGGGGAGAUGCACUUCCUCCAUCCCUCUGGGAUUGGGUUCGAUAGCUUUUGUUCCCCCUUCCCAUCAGCCAGUCUUUUGUUGGAGGUGCUAGGAUUUCGUUGUGUUUCAGUGUUGUGACAGUCUGUUCUGGGUGCUCUUGGAACAGCUCAGAAGCAGGCAGAGUUAUAACCACUUGAAAAUGCCAAGCAAUCUGGAGAAUUACCGGCUGAUAGUUGGUACUAUCAUACUUCUUUAUCAUCGAGAUCAUACUUUUGGUAUUACCUCUGCCUGAAAGUGGGGGAGUGCUGCUGGGCUGUUGCUUGCAAUUUUGAUGGAUGUUUCCGGGUGCUUCCUCUAUUCGUUGUAGCAGAAGCUGUGAGCUCAUCUAGGGGGUUUGCCUCCAAAGAGCAAUUCUACUGGAGCCCAGUGUUGUUCCGCCCUCUCGUACCUCUGUUGCAAAGGUAGAAAAUGAGCUAUGACUGUUACAGCCUUAAGGCUGGAGUUGCUCAUCAGAGUUGCUUAAAGUGCCCUGCCCAUGAUGUAGCUGCUGUUGCUGAACACGUCAGGAGCAGGUUCUAGGUGUUGGUAGAGAAGAUGCCCGCUGUGUCUGAAUGUAUUAGAUAAAGCCACCUGUCCCGGAGUUCAGUGGCAUCUGUGAGCCUUAAUCACGGCAGAAGAGAUGAAUUACUGAAAGGUAUAUACCAGCACUUAAGUGUGGAAAGUUUGUGGGGAUGUCUGUCAGUUUGUGGGGAUGAAGCAGUAGGAGGGGAGAGUCACUGCAUAAUGAUGGAUAGCAGCUUUGCCGACCUCUGGGAUGUUGGGAGAAGGUGUGUGGCAAGUGUGACAGCUCAGCAAAGGCUCUGCUGGUCCCCAGGAGCACCACAUGCCACUGCCAGUGGGCUGUGCUGCUGCCUGUGCUGGGGCAAGCUCGGGUCGAAGCUCAGUGAGCAGCACACAGCACUUAUAGGGAUGGCACAUGGGGCCGGUGAUGGGAUUUCAGUGGGGGUAUGGCAGUCUGGCAGCUUGGGGAAAGGGAGUAGUGCUUGGCUCUUUGCAAGCCUGGCUGUGUGCUGUGCUCCGUUCAGGCCUCUGCAGCAGUGGGCUGGUAAUCCACUCAUUCUCUCACCAGUUCAAAAUACUGAUUGUCUGACCUAGUUAUCUCUGGGGACGUUGGUUGAAGGGAUCAGCUCCCCAGAGAAGCCACAGCUUCUUACGUGUCAGCUCUUCUCUAGCACCUGUCUGCAUUGGAGUGCUUAAUAAAAGGGGUUGGUGUCUGAUCCCCAGCUCAGAGAGCAAAACUGAGGCGGGGAGAGGAGAAAGAUGUUUCACUAGAGAGUGAGAGGGCAGAGGAGCUGGUGUCCUGGGGCACAGCUGGGCUCAGCCUGCUCUCACCCUCAGGAGAUGAUGGCUGGCCCUGCAUCACACGCUCUGCUUCUGGGCAGUUUGACUGCACGGCUGACCUGCUGUCAGAGAUUAUAACUUGCAGUGUUCAAGGCUGACCUGUAAAUGCCGCUGGUUGGCUGCAGAGCAGGAGGAGUGUUUUCUUCUCCUGUGUUUUAAAAUGCCCUGGCAGAGAAUUCCCUUUCCUGACAUGAUUCUGGAUGAACAGGAACCCUCCGUCACUGCUAACUGGCCAAAAAUUACUUUGUCCCUUUUGUUCCCACCCCUUCAGACCUUUCUCAUUCCCACGCUCUCAAAUGCCAGGUCUCAAAGUCCUGUGCUGGAGUUUCUCUUCUUGGCGGUGUCCCAGGGAGGGCUCUGUGGUAUCGCUGCUCUCGUGGCUCCUCCGUUCCCAGCCCCAUAUAAGGGCACCAAGAGCUGUCCUGGAGCUUCUUUGUGCAGCACGAGACCUCCCAGCAGAGCGCCUGGGUUCCAGUGGGAAAAGCAGAUGCUCAUCCACAGGGCUGAAUUUAGGGCGACAUUGCUUUUCCUCCAGUGUGAGCAGGAAGCCGAGCACCUGAAGCCAGCUGUCUGAUGCAUCCCUCACCUUCCUUGUGUUUCUUCCUCUGCUGCACUGCUCUCUGCUUCCUCACUCUUCUGUCACCUCUUAUUUCAUGCUUUGAACCUGCCAGCUGGGGACUUGCCUUGUGCUGCGUUGCACAUCGUGCAGAGCACUCUGCCUCAGCCCCACCUUUCCAGGCACUGAGCUGGGUAGAGACAUUAUCUUGCCCAGCAUCCUUCCCCAGCCACCAGUGCGAGCCCUGCUCUGCUAGAAAUGCUCUGUGCUAGGGCUGCAUCACAGGAUCCUGUGAGGAAAGUGAGCACCCCGUAACGCUGUGCUGAGGGACCUGCAGGUGGUCAGUCCUGCCUCUGUCAGCGUUUCUGUGGCACGGAGCACCAGGCCUUGAGCUUGCAGGGCUGUGCUGGAGCUCUCAGGCUUGCUUUGCGUUUGCUGAAUUCACAUCGUUUAACACCGGGUCUCUGCCAUCCUGAUGUCUCCUCUUCCCCAUCGCAGAUUAGUUUGGAACUUGGCUGGAAGAAUGGCAGCUCAUUAUUCAUGGCGGGGCUUUGUGGCCUCUGGUGCCAAUGUCAGCCAGUGCGGCCUGGCAGUUACAUCCCAGCAGAUGCGGUGUGUUGGCCAUGGGCUCCCCACAGCCCGUCUGUGCUUGGCUCUGCCUUCCUUUGUCUCAUGCUGUACACACAGCUGCAUGGUGAUCUGGGAAGGUUGGGGGGCUAUCAAACCCCUUGGCCCUACCAGAGCUCUCCUGGAGUCACUUCCACCCUGGUUGUUCAGUGGCAGUGCUUGGAUCAUAUGCCUUCCAGGGACUUGCAGCAAUGCUGGCUGCAAAGCACGUGGAAAAUACACUGCCUGCAGUGCCCUGGUCUCUCCUGAGCGUGCUGUGUGCGGGUUGCUCAGACCUGCUUCUGUAUCAGUCACUUUGAAUUCAUCCAAGUGCCUAACCUGGCCUGUGCUGUUCCUGGGCCCCGUGACAGCCAAGAGCUGUGGAGACUCUCUAAGGAGUGCUUUUGCUUCAUGGGUUUCUGCUACUGUCACUUCUGGUAACGAUUCAGGCAGCGGUCAAAGGGCUGUUCUUCAGACUGAGUUUGUGGAAAUCAUUUUUCUUUUAUUCAGCUGCCAAGAAACAAGAGUUUAUGCUUCGCUUCCACCAGACAAGGUCUGUGAGCUUCCUGCAUGCUUCAGAUGUCUGUCAGUGAGGUCCUUGGGGAGAGCAGCUUGUACAGCGGGGAGCAGACAUCAGACACCAGGCUGAAAUCACAGUGUUAAUUGGUAGAAAUGUUUUAAGGCUCAUAUGCGCUGUGAUCAGAUUUCACCUUCUGCUGCUGCUGCUUUCAACUGGAGAAGUUUCUCCUUGGCCUCUUCCCUGCAAGCCAUGUUGUGUGCCACUGCUGAUUCCAAACCAUUUGCUUUCCCCCCGAGUGUCAGCUGCAGUCGUGUCCUUCUACAGAAUGUUGUAAGCACUUUUCUGUGAGAUAAGGGAUUAUUGUUAUUACAGUACUCCUGUUUUGUAGCCCACCGGUGGUGGUUUAGCAUGGAGAGCUGUGCUGGGGAGUCCUUAGAGCUGCAGUAGAUUGGUUGGGGAUGGCCCUUUGCCUUGUCAGCUGUGCUGGGUGGGGCCAUCUGAGGACAGAGCUCCUGGGCUGCGUGUGAGGCAGUGCUGAUGGCUGUCAGCCAUGGCUGAGCAUCUGUGGAUGUGACGUUCCUGCACUGUGCUGCCUGAAAAGCAGUAGCGCUGAGGUUGGACCCCUCAACUUGCUUAGGAAGGCAGAGGAUCUCUGAGGCAGAAGCAGAAGCUGGGAUGUGGGGAAAACAGAGAUGCCAGCAGUGCCUGGCCAGCCAGCUUCUGCUGCCAGAAGAGAUCUUCAGGGCAAGGGAGCCACGCGUGCAGUGUCCCCACAGCAGAGCUUCCACUUCCCAGCCAGCAGCACGAUGCUGGGCACAGGAGCCGUGGUUCUGCAGGACACUGUGGGGGUGAAGCCAGCACUCCUCCUUGUCCUCCAUGAGCUGCUGAGCUGUGGGGCCACAAGGAAGGCACAGCUGCUCCCCGAGCUCCCCUGGCUCCUGUUGCCUGCUGCCCUCUGGAAGAACUGGCAGGGAGAGUGAGCAUCUGAAAUGACUUCCCCCGUGGGGAUGAUUAGGCCUUGCCCCUGGGGAGUCCCUUAAAGGCCUUAUUAUCCUCUGGGACUCUCUCCUUGUCUUAAUUAGCCCUUCUGGUUCCUGUUGCUACAGGCAGCCCCUGUGAGAGUCUGGUGAUUCCCACAGACAGUGAGGCACAUAGUGCUGCUGUAAAGGAGUGGGUGCUGCAGAGCUACCACCGAAACCUCCUGUCAUCCCCAGGGCACAGCCUGCAAAGCAGGGCAUUGGGAGUGUGUCCCCAUCCCCCAUCAAGGCCUGGGACGGGAUGAAGCCAACGCUGGCAUCUGUGCUGGGGUAGAUGUGGUGUGUAAUGGUGUUCCCUCCUUGUGGUUCCCAGUGCAGCAUUGCUGGGAAACAUUACUCCUGGAGCAGGGCACGGCAGGGAUGCGGGGGUCUGUCUCAGUGCUGCCUGGCCGCAGGAGCUCCUCCAGCCAUCACCUCUGGGAGAUCCACCUCCACAGCACAGCACGACCACCCCGCCCUGGCCAGGACUGGUGCCACCAGCUCUGCCACCAACAGUCCCCAACAUUUGGGAACCCCAAGUGACACUGGGAGCAGCAGUGUGCCGUGCCCAGGCUGCUGGUGCCGCUGCCUCAUCCCCACGGCUGGGCACACAACAAACUUUUGUAUGGUGAAUCCACAACAAGCGACCAUCUUGUUCUCGAGUGAACUUUAUACUGUUUCAUUUGUUUGUGUACAAUGUUUCUGAAGGUAUAUUUAAUGUUUAAUAUGAGGCUGGGCCGCUCCACACUCAGUGUUGUAUAUUUUGGAGUGGCGUUGUAUAGUGAAAAGACAGCGUUAGUAUUAUUCCACUCUUAGGAGGGAACAGGACAAAAAACAGACUGUCUUUUUUUCUUAAAUGAAAUGAACUUUUGUUAUGAAGUCCUAGCAGGUGUCCAGCCCUUCAGUAAAUGGUGCUCAGAACCACUCAGCGUGUCCGGCUCUUCUUUGGUCCCUGCCAGACUGUGCUGCAGCUCCGAGCCCAUGGGGAGGGUGACCAUGCAGGGUGACUGUGCUGUGCCUGGCAGCGUGCCACCGCUGCUCUGUUCCACUCAGGCACACCCGUGCACCCUAGUGAGCUCUGGGGUCACCCAACUGCAAGGAAGGAAUGCCUGGCUCGGGUUGGGAGAUGCUCCGGACGAGUAGCACUGGUUCCACGCUGGUAUAAACUGGCACAAAUCUGCAUUCCAGCAAUGCCAUUGUUUGCUGCUGUGUGAUCCGGCUCCGUUUGUCCCGCCGGGCCAUCGGUGCGCUGACCCGGCACUAACGGUGGUGGGACUGCGGCCCCAGCCGAGCGCCUGCCCCUCCCGGUGCACCAGGAACGGCUGGGAACUGCCCCGAGAGCGGUGAGCUGCAGCACCCUGGCCAGAGAUCCUGUUACAGCCACCUUUAUCAGGCCACCGGCGAUCUCCCCAAAGCAAAUACGAUGUGCUUGGCAAGAUCCCGUCGGUACAGACAUGCUGGCCUGUGCUAAUGGCUCUUUAUCAGCUCAUCUCCUCCCAGCUCUCCCAUUACCUCACCAGAGCCAAGGUCGGUGCCCGGUCACUGCCGUGAGAGCCUCGCUGAGCACGGCCCUUCCCUUCCUCCGGGCUUCCCCUGCACAGUGCCUGGCAACGGGGCUGCACAUCCACCCUGCCCUGAGCCCCGGCAUCCCUCGCCCAGCCAAGGUGUAGGGGAUGAGCUGCACCGGGACGCGCUGAGUGCUGCUGGGCCCUGGGGGCUGCGUUACCUUCCUGCCUCCCUGCUCAGCGGCGUGCAGCCAGAGCACGGCCUUGGUGCAAGCACGCGGGUCCUCUUCCUUCCUUCAGCCUUGACUAAUAAAAGGCGCUGUGUGACAGCGAGGACUUUGUUGGGCUCCAGCAGUCUCGGGGAUCCCAGGCAGCGCCGGCGGGCAUGGGGCAGGGCUCGUGGCUGCUCAUGGAUGUCCUGGUGCUCGCUCUCCUCCUGGCGGGGGUGCCAGCAGCAGGGGGCUGGGAAGAGCCGGAUCCAUCCCAGGGCUGUGCCCGUGGCAGCUGCUACCCGGCCACCGGCAACCUGCUGGUGGGAAGAGCCCGGCAGCUCAGCGCCUCGUCCACCUGUGGGCUGCAGGGGCCCCAGGAGUACUGCAUCGUCAGCCACCUCCAGGACUCUGAGAAAUGCUUCACCUGCGACUCACGAAACCCGGCCCUGCGCGAGAGCCACCGCAUCGAGAACGUCAUCUACCUGCACGGCCCCCACAGCGAGAGGAGCUGGUGGCAGUCGGAGAACGGCGUGGAGCGCGUCAGCAUCCAGCUGGACCUGGAGGGCGAGUUCCACUUCACCCACCUCAUCAUGAAGUUCAAAACCUUCCGCCCCGCAGCCAUGCUGGUGGAGCGCUCGGCCGACUUUGGCCGCAGCUGGAAGGUGUACCGCUACUUCGCCUACAACUGCUCCAAGCUGUUCCCCGGCAUCCCCACGCAUCCCUCAGGGCACAUCGGCGAGGUGCUGUGUGAGCAGCGCUACUCUGAGAUCGAGCCCUCCAGCCACGGCGAGGUCAUCUUCAAGGUGCUGGACCCCUCUAUCCCUGUGGUGGACCCAUACAGCCCCGACAUCCAGGAGCUGCUGCGCGUCACCAACCUGCGGGUGAACCUCACCAAGCUGCACACGCUGGGGGACAACCUGCUGGACUCACGGCGGGAGGUGCUGCACAAAUAUUACUAUGCUGUGGACGAGCUGGUGAUGCGUGGGAGCUGCUUCUGCCAUGGCCACGCCGCCGAGUGCGCCCCUGCACCUGGAGCUCCACCAUCUGUCCCUGGCAUGAUCCACGGGCGCUGUGUCUGCAAGCACCACACGCAGGGGCUGAACUGUGAGCGCUGCGAGGACUUCUACCACGAGCUGCCCUGGCGCCCGGCUGAGGGCUCCAGCACCAACGCCUGCCGCCGGUGCGACUGCAACGAGCACUCACGGCGCUGCCACUUCGACAUGGCCGUGUUCCUGGCCACCGGGAAUACCAGCGGGGCCGUGUGCGACGGCUGCCAGCACAACACCAUGGGGCGCCGCUGCCACCUCUGCAAGCCCUUCUACUACCGGCACCCGCGCUCUGAUAUCCGCGCUCCCACCGCCUGCGUCCCGUGUGACUGCGACCCGGCGGGAUCGCUGGAUGGCGGCGCCUGCGACGCACACACGGACGUGGCGCUGGGCAUGAUCGCGGGGCAGUGCCGCUGCAAGGAGAACGUGGCCGGGCCACGCUGCGACCGCUGCCAGCACGGAGCCUACGGCCUCAGCCAGGGAGACCCACAGGGCUGCCAGCCGUGCCGGUGUGACCCACGGGGCACGGUGGCGGGCAGCUCCCCCUGUGAUCCCAUCAGCGGGGACUGCUACUGCAAGCGCUUCGUGGCCGGGCGCUCCUGCAGCCAGUGCGUGCCUGAGUUCUGGGGCCUGAGCUAUGAUGUAGGGGGCUGCCGGCCAUGCUCCUGUGACUUCGGGGGAGCCUACAGCAACCGGUGCUCCAUGGAGGACGGGGCCUGUCCCUGCCGCCCCCACCUCAUGGGCCGGCAGUGCGACCAGGUGCAGCCCGGCUUCUUCUGCGCACCCCUUGACCACUACACCUACGAGGCUGAGCAAGCCACGGGCCACGGGCCCAGCCACCCCCACCUCCCAGGCGCUGUGCGGGCAGAGGUGCCCCAGGACUGCCCCCAGCACCGCAAUGGGAAUGCAGCGGGGCAGAAGGCACGUGCUCGGCCCCAGCGCAGCCCUCCCCGCGCCCCCCAGCCCCGCACAGCCCCACGCCACAGCCAGCAGCAGCCUCCCAAGCCCGAUGUGGAGCCGGUGCUGCGGGAUGGGGACGGGCGCAUGGUGACGUGGACUGGAGCGGGGUUUGCCCGUGUGCGGGACGGGGCCGGGCUGACAUUCCACGUGGACAACGUGCCCUACCCCAUGGAGUACGAGCUGCUGCUGCGUUACGAGCCCGAGUCAGCCGAGGACUGGGAGGCUGUGGUGAGCGUCAGCUCCCGGGCGCUGCCCACCAGCCCCCGCUGUGGGAACCUGCUGCCCUCCGAGCAGAUGUACCGCGAGGGCCUGCCCCACAGCCAGAGGUAUGUGCUGCUGUCCCGGCCUUUCUGCUUCGAGCCCAGUACCCCAUACGAGGUAACUGUGCGGCUGCAGAGGGCCAGCGUCACCCAACGCCACCCCAGUGCCUUCAUCCUCAUCGACUCACUGGUGCUGCUGCCACGUGUGCCAGAGCUGCCGGGCUUCCACGGGGCAGCAGCGGAGGCGGUGCAGCGGCUGGAGGAGCUGGAGCGCUACCGAUGCCUGGAGGCUUUCCAUAUGGCCCCACCGCACGCCCUGGCCGAAGCCUGCGCCCGCCUGAUCUGCAGCGUCUCAGCCAUGCUGCACGACGGAGCUCUGCCCUGCCAGUGCGACCCGCAGGGCUCCCGCAGCAGCGUGUGCCAGGUGCUGUCCGGGCAGUGUGAGUGCAAGCCCCACGUCCUCGGCCGCCGCUGUGACCGCUGCGCACCCGGCAGCUAUGGCUUCGGACCCCUGGGGUGCAGCCCCUGCGCCUGCUCCCCGGAGGGCUCCGUGUCCCGGCUGUGUGAUGCGGGCAGUGGGCAGUGCCGGUGCCAGCCGGGCACUGUGGGCCGGCAGUGUGACCGCUGCCAGCCGGGCCACUGGGGCUUCCCCACCUGCCGGCCCUGCCAGUGCAAUGGGCACGCCGAGGAGUGCGACCCGCGGACGGGCAGCUGCCUGCGCUGCCGCGACCACACCACCGGCCGGCACUGCGAGAGGUGCCAGGACGGUUACUACGGAGACCCGGUGCUGGGCUCAGGGCAGCAGUGCCGCCCCUGUCCCUGCCCCGGCUACCCCGGCACACGGCACUACCACGGGAGCGCCUGCCAUGCCGACGAGGAGACCAACCACAUCGUAUGCCUCUGCGCGCCCGGAUAUGCCGGGCCCCGCUGCGACCGCUGCUCUCCGGGCUACUUCGGGACGCCGGAGAUGGAGGGGGGAGUGUGCCGGCCGUGCCAGUGCAACAACAACAUUGACACCAGCGACCCGGGGGCCUGUGACCCGCACACAGGGCACUGCCGCCGCUGCCUGUACCACACUGCCGGGCCCCGCUGCGCCCAGUGCCAGCCUGGCUAUUUCGGCAAUGCCCUGCAGCGCAGCUGCCGCCGCUGUAGCUGUGACCCGCGGGGAACGCUGUCUGCCCACUGCACUGCUGGCACCUGCAGCUGUGACCGCGCCACGGGAGCCUGCGCCUGCAGAGCCAAUGUGGUGGGCAGGAGCUGCGACCGCUGCGCACCCAACUUCUGGAACCUGGGGGGGACGGGGGGCUGUCAGCCUUGUGGAUGCCAUCCCACGCACGCCACGCACCCUGCCUGCGAUGAGGUCACGGGGCAGUGCCGCUGCCACCUCGGCUUUGGUGGCCGUGUCUGUUCCCAGUGCCAGGAGCAUCACUGGGGAGACCCCGAGCUGCAGUGCCAAGCCUGCGAGUGUGAGCCGCUGGGCGCUGAGAGCCCGCAGUGUGACCGAGCCAGCGGGCAGUGCCAGUGCCGACCAGGCUUUGGGGGGCUGCGCUGUGACCGCUGCCAGCGGGGCUACCAGGCCGCCUUCCCUCACUGCUCUCCAUGCCACCCCUGCUUUGGGCGCUGGGAUGCAGCGCUGGGCAGCCUGCAGGAUGGGCUGCAGCACCUUGGGGCACGGGUACGGGCACUGCGCGAGGGAGGGUCUGCAGCCCCGCUCAGCCCCCGCCUGCGAGCACUGGAGGAGGCCCUGAAGCAUGCAGAACGGCUGCUGGGUGAGGGGAGCAGCCCCGGUAGCCCCCUCCUGCAGGAGCUGGCCGGGCAGCUGGAUGGCACCAGGACAGAGCUGGACAACUUCUGGAAGAGGCUUCAAGAGCUGGAGCAACACGUGGAUCAGCUGGAGCAGGCUGAUGUGCUGCACCGUGGCCGGCUGGCUAGGCUGAGCCAUGAGUUGGGUGGGCUGAACCAAACCACCUCCCAUCUGCAAGCUGUCCUUGGCACCGUGACAGCAGCAGGAUUCAGGGAGUCAUACCGGAGCAUCGUGGCAGCAGCACAGGACUCACGGCAGGCGGAGGUGGUGGCCAAUGGCACGGCAGGUGAGCUGAGCGCCACGCGGGCCACACAGCGCGCAGCUGAGCAGGCAAUGCAGCAGCGGGGCGAUGCGUUCCGCCGGAGCACGGCCGCACAGCGGAAAUCCCUGCGGGAGGCACAGAAACGGGUGUCAGGGCUCAGCGUGGCCGGGAUCAAUGAGAAGAUUUGUGGGGCUCCUGGAGACCGGAGCUGUGCAGAAUCACUGUGUGGAGGAGCUCUGUGCCGGGACAGCGCAGGGAUGCGGCACUGCGGGGGCGCGGGGUGCACGGGGGCCCUGCCCGUGUCAGCUCAAGCCCUGAGCAGCGCCCGCAAUGCCUCACAGCAGUUGGAGGUGGCCCUGGGACAGCUGAAUGCCGUGACGCAGAAGAUGCAGGAGGUGCAGGACCUGGCACGGGGCGCCCGCAGCCGUGCGGAGGAGGCGUUGGAACGCUCACAGGCCGCCCGCAGCCGCACAGAGAAGGCGACAGCGCAGUUGCGGGACUUCAUCCGCCGCAUCAAAGCCUUCCUGUCAGAGGAGGGAGCAGAUCCAGGUAGCAUUGAGCUGGUGGCACGGCAGGUGCUGAACAUCUCCCUGCCCAGCAGCCCCGCACGCAUCCAGGAGCUGCUGCGGGAGAUGCAGGAGAGCAUCAGCCAGCUGGAUGGGGUGGACGCGGUGCUCAACGGCACGGCGCAGGGGCUGGAGGCUGCACAGGGGCUGCUGGCACAGGGGCAGGAUGCCAGGGAGCGAGCACAGGGCGUGAGGGAUGAGCUGGCGGGGACGCAGCUUGCGCUGCAGGUGGCACGGACACAGGUGAUGGCGGCUGGGAGCACCCUGAGGAGCGCCAAGGACAGCAUCCUGGCUGCUGAGGGCAAAGCGAGGGAGGCGGAGCGCAAGCUGAAGGCGCUGCAGGGCAAGGAGUCCCGGCUGCAGCGGCGGCUGCGGGAGCUGGCACAGCGUGUCACCGCCCUGCAGCAGCGCAGACAGGACGCCCAGCGCCUGGCACAGGAUGCCAAGGAUGGGGCGCAGCGUGCCACCGCCACCUCGAGGACGCUCAGCCAGGACCUGGCGCAGGUGACGCAGCGCUACGUGGUGCUCAAGGGCCGGGUGAGCGGGAUGGCAGGGGCGGCCGGCGGGGCCCUGCAGCGCGUCACACGGCUGACGGCCGAGGCCAGGGACCUGCUGGAUAAAGCCAACAGCAGCAAGAAGCGGCUGGAAGAGCUGGAGCAGCAUUUCGGGGCCAACGAGCAGGCGAUGGCGGCCAAGGCGACGCGGCUGCAGGCGCUGGAGCGGCAGGUGUCGGGGCUGCUGCAGGAGAUCCGCGAGCGGGCCAACGCGUACGCCACCUGCUAAGGCGUUCGACCCGCUCGGGACGAGGCCCCGCGCGGCGUGGAACAAACCCGCGGGGCGUCUGUAGCGCGGCCGCGCCUGCAAAUAAAGCGCUGAGCAGCGGC